GCCCUGUGUUGCAGAAAUUGUCAGGUGGACAGGGGGUCUAUUUUAGCGAGCCAUUCACACGAGACUUUGAAUACAUAACUCUUUCACAAAUAAUCAUGAAGUGCUUCUUCUUUUCCUGACUCACUACAGUCGCUGCCUUCUCUGAUUCUCACUCUCAAGAUACUGUAAACUGCAGACAUGUCUGAGGGACCGAGGAAGCCAAAAUAUUCAGCAACACGCCGACUGCUUUUGAAGUCCAAACUGCUGAAGAAAGCAGCUGCUCUGCUGGUGGUUGAAAUUGAAGAGAAGCGACAUGAGAAGGAAAGAAUUGUGAAUGAGAGUUCCCCUCCACUGAUGCUGUCAGGCCUGUCAGUCCAGGAGCUCCAGGAUCUUUGCAAAGAACUACAUCGUAAGAUUGACGUUGUAGAUGAAGUUCGUUAUGAUAUAGAGGUUAAGGUGGUCAAAAAUGACACAGAGAUCCAAACGCUGACUCAGAAGAUCAUCGGGCUGAAGGGGGCAAAGAGGCCCAACCUGAAGAGGGUGAAGAAAACUACAGAUGACAUGGUGGGUUCAUGCACCGACACCUCCAAACUCAUGAAGGCUGAUUUCAAGAAAAACCUGAAGACAGUGAAGAAGGAGGAAGAAAAGAGGGAAGAGGUGACCGACUGGCGUAAGAACGUGGAGGCCAUGUCGGGUAUGGAGGGCAGGAAGAAGCUGUUUAAUGCAGGACAAUAAGAAGAUUCGUUGUCCAAAUGGAAGAAGUCUCCACUAUAGGAU